CAUUGUCCAUUUCGAAAGCCCCAGUUUAGUAUGUAGAGAAGCAAAGGAUAUUAAGACAGAUGUAGAUAUGUCUCGAUCUCCGGAAGUGUAGCUAAUCGAGGCUUGAAGAUAUUCUCUUCUAAGGAGGACGGUUCAUUUAGAGGACAUUAGCCGAGGUACACAGGCGCUAUCUGCUCGUUGGUUUCCCUCUGUGACCGUAACCCUUCUCCUCUCACAGACGGAUCCUGCUGUUGAGGCAGCCACCAGGUCAUCAUGACUCCUACCUUCAUGGAUUUGGUCAACAUCAACUCCACGAUGAUCUUCAUCUCCCAGAGAUCCGUCAACGACAGCGAUGUGGAGGAGACGGUGUACGAGAGCUGCCGCGAGAUGCCCGCCGUCAUCAUCUGUUACCUUGGCCUUCAGUUCAUCAACAUGUUCCUUGGCAUCCCGGCCAACCUAAUGGUGCUCUGGCUCAUCCACAAGAACAAGGGGGACUCUUCCACCUCUGACAUCUUCAUCCAGCAGCUCGCUGUGCUGGACGUGUUAUUUUGCUUGACGCCGCCUUUGGAGCUGGUCAACAUCGUGUACCUCACGUCCAGCGUGCCCUGGUAUGUGCUUCGCUUCUUCUACGGCAUCAAGGACACCUCUCCGCUGUUCCUGGCCUGCAUCUGCCUGGACCGCUACAUGGCGGUGCUGCACCCUAUUACCUUCACCAAGCUGAAGGAUCGGCACCACCGGGCCAUCCUGGCCGCGGGGGUGUGGCUGGUGGUGCUGGCGUAUGCCGCUGCCAAGUGCAAGGGGGACAUCCCGAACUUUGAGAAGGUGUUCACUGUCAUUAUCCUGGCCACCUUCGCCUUCAUGGUGUUUUGCAACAUGGCCAUCCUCUGGGCCCUGAGGCAGUCGGGACCGGGUCGAGACGAGAUGCACCCGGUGAAGAAGCGGGCCUUCAAGAUGGUUCUGAUCAUUUUGGCCAUCAUCGUCUUCAACUAUUUCCCGCCCGUGGCGCUCUUUCCUUUCCGUGCGUACUAUACGAAAGACGUGUUCCGUUGCUAUAUUCAUUAUCUGGCGUUCGGCUUGAUGGACUUCAGCAGCAGCAUUCAGCCAGUGCUCUACUUGUCCAAAGAUAAGCUAGUGCUGAGUCUGUCCAUGUGCUGCCAGAAGAAGAAAAGACAGAUAUUUACCAGCAACACCACUCAAACUGUGAGCGGAGUGUGAGUAGAGUCUGUACAUUGUGAGGGUGUUGGUUACUCAAUGUGUGGUUUCUUGUGUGUGGGGUAACGUUACGUGGUGUGAGAAGUUGAGGAAAUCGAGGAAACUCGAUUUAUUUACAAGAAGACUUGUCAAUAAAUGACAUUAUGUGGUGAUAUUCUGAAAGCACGUAGUAAAAUGUAAUACAAUUAUUUGCCCUUUUGUGUCGAUUUAAUACAAAUAAAUGCUAUGCAAAUGUUA